AUGCAUUCCAACAGCUGUUUUACCUCUCUGUUCUCCUUUACUGGCCCCUCUACGAAGAGGUUGUUGGGUUGGAAGCAAGGAGACGAGGAAGAGAAGUGGGCUGAAAUGGCAGUGGAUUCCUUGGCGAAGAAGCUGAUGAAGAAAAGGGGUGCCUUGCAGGAACUGGAGAGAGCCCUCAGCUGCCCUGGGCAGCCCAGCAAGUGUGUGACCAUCCCCCACUCCUUGGAUGGAAGGAUGCAGGUCUUCCACCGCAAAGGGUACCCGCAUGUCAUCUACUGCCGAGUGUGGCGCUGGCCUGACCUGCAGUCUCAGCACGAAUUGAAACCCCUGGCCUGCUGUGAAUUCCCCUUUGGUUCCAAGCAGAAGGACGUCUGCAUCAACCCUUACCAUUACCAAAGAGUGGCAGCUCCAGUGUUGCCUCCAGUGUUGGUUCCAAGACAGAGUGAAUUCAACCCACAGUUCAGCCUCCUCAACAUAUUCCAAAAUGUGUCUCUUGAGAGUGAACAACAGAUGCCCAACAGCGCAACUCAGCCUGAUCCUCAGCAUGCAGAGCAGCCUCCCUGCACCCCUUUCCCAGCACCUCACAAUAUGCCCACUCCGUCAGCAAGCACCAUGGGCUACCCAGUCACCCCAGGAUGUGCAGCUGCUCCAGAAAGGCCUUCUGAACUCACAGAUGUCCAACUUGUGAGCUAUGAGGAACCCGAGCAGUGGUGCUCAGUUGCCUAUUACGAACUCAAUACAAGAGUAGGACAGACUUUUCAGGCCUUUUCUCGAAGCAUACUAAUAGAUGGCUUUACAGAUCCUUCAAACAAGGACCACUUCUGCCUUGGAUUGUUCUCUAAUAUUAACAGGAACUCUUCCAUAGAAAACACCCGGAACCACAUCGGAAAAGGUGUCCACCUGUAUUAUGUGGGGGGAGAGGUCUUUAUUGAGUGCUUGAGCGACUGUAGCGUUUUUGUCCAGAGCUCGAAUGCCAACUGUGAGCGUAGCUUCCACCCGAGCACCGUCUGCAAAAUCCCCAGUGGAUAUAACCUGAAGAUCUUCAACAACCUGCUCUUUGCACAACUGCUUUCCCGGUCAGUUAACUGUGGUUUUGAGGCCGUCUCUGAGCUCACCAAGAUGUGCAUUAUCCGGAUGAGCUUCGUUAAAGGCUGGGGAGCAGGCUACCAUCGCCAGGCAAUCACCAGUACCCCGUGUUGGGUGGAGAUCCACCUUCAUGGAGCUUUGAAAUGGCUGGACAAGGUGCUGAGGGAAAUGGGCUCUGCGGAGGCUCCCAUCUCUUCCGUUUCAUAAGAAUCAUCUCCAACAUCUGGUGGACAAACAUGGCUUCAGAUAUAUA